AUGUUUUAAAUUCAUUAAAUAAUAGCUUGGCGGAUUUUAAAAAUAUUAAAAACAAUAUACGAUGUAGUCUAUCUACAUUUAGUUUCAUGUUUAAAGAACCACUUAAAUUAGUUUUUGAAGCAUUUAAAAAAAGAGAGAAACCGGACAAACAAUUAUAAGAUGAAAACAGUGGUUCUUGUGUUAUGUUUUUUGGUGAAUGUUUUGUUACACUUCAGUGGUUCAGCACGUACCUGUGCAAAUCUAGACAACUUCAACUUUUUACGAAGGAACAGAGACCUAACGGGCUUUCUAAUAGACGUUAUAGAAAACAUUGGAAUUGUAGAAUGUGCGGCAGAAUGCAAGCUCCGCAACAAGUGCAAAUCAAGCAGCUUUCAGCAUUCCAGUGGGAAAUGUAAACUUUUUGGAAUUACAAUCCAACAAGCAGGAAACUCGGUUGUCACAAAAACUGGAACUGAUAUGAGUGAUGAAUUAAACUGGCCUUCAAGAAUAGCCGGUCCUUGCGAAGACCAUACCUGUUCUAUCAACGAAGUUUGUGAACCGACGAGCAGAUACUCAAAGAAAUGUGUCGAAGCAGACUGUCCAAGCCCACCAACUGUUGCCGACGCCCAACCUGCCUUCACCACAACCUACGAGACGACCAAAAUCGGAAGUCAACUAACUUACACUUGUGAUUUUAACUUCCACCCAGUUGGUAACAGAACCUGUCUCCCAGACGGCACAUGGUCUGACUUCAAAUGUGAACUUGGUCACUGCCCAAUCGAAGACGGGUACAUACUACUUGAAAAUGUGUGCAUCAAGGUGACAAGUUAUAAGAAACAAUUUCCUGGAGCACGUGCGAAAUGCAGCGAAGCAGGUGACAGAUUGGUGGUCUUGGACACGGAGAGGAAAAAUGCAGUCGUCAGUGUCUACGUCAACACAAAUAUCGGUCCAGCGUGGUACAUUAUUGGCCUGUCUGACGUGCAAACAGAGGGCGCGUUUCUCUGGGAGGACGGACAUGUCGUCACAUUUACAAAAUGGAGACUCGGAGAACCAAACGACGAUGGAGGAAAAGAAGACUGUGUCGUGUUAGAGUCUAAGAUCAAGUCAUGGGUUGACAUCCCAUGCACGUACUCAGAACUAUACAUUUGUGAAAAACUACUCUGAGCAUGGUGACCAUAUGUCUGGCUCACCCGUUUCUUGUUGUUUGUUGUUGUUGUUUAUUGUUGUUAGUGUUGUUGUUGUUGUCGUCAAUGGUUGUUGUUGUUGACAUCCCAUGCACAGUCACAGAGAAGUACAUUUGUGAAAACCUACUCCGAGCAUGGUGGCCAUAUGCCUGGCUCGCUCUUUUCUCGUGUGUUUGUUGGGUUAAAUAAAUCUGAGCAUGGUGGCCAUAUGACGGGUUCAAUUUUUUCUCGUCAUUUUUUUAUUUUUUUAUUGUAUUGCUUCAUAUUAUUAUUAUUAUUUAACUGAGACGGCGACACUACUGUCAAAACAUCGAUGUGCUCAGUACAUAGCACAUAGUACAUAGCACGGCUCUUGAAAGGGUAGGGACAUUGCAUUGGGUUUUGCGAGUGCGUUUCGAUCCUACGACAUAAACACCUCAGUUGAGCGUUUUUAUUCUUAGCACCUUUACUGGUUAUUUAGAUUCGUGACCUAUCAUUACCUUUAAACGUCUUACGAUGGGACUGUACUGCAUCGAGCUUAAAGUUGUUGUUUUUUUGUUUUUUAUAACGGCACUAAUAGAGCACAUUUAUUUAUUAAUAAUCGAUAACUGGAUGUCAAAGGUUUGGUCAUUUUGAUGUAUAUCAUUAGAGAGAAAACCACACUACAUCUGUAGCAAGGGAUCUUCUAUAUAGACCAUGCCACAGACUGCAUACAUCGUACCACGGCAUUUGACACACCAGCACUUUGUGCACUGGUUGCAAUGAGAAAUAUCUCAAUGGUCCCACCGACGGGGAUCGAUCCUAGAUAAGCCGCGCAUGCGUGAUGCUCAAAUAGACUCUGCUGAGUGUGCUGCUUUUAGUAAAAUGUUUCCGCCUGAUAUAUAUGUAGUACACGUGUAUUUUAAGCAUAUAGGUUUUAUGUAAUUAAUGUUUAAUUUCAGGUUCUUAGAGGAGUAUGUACCUUUAAGUAUGGUAUUUAGUAUGUAUUUCAUUAAUGUUAUUUUCAGGCUGUAACAACUACAGGUUGAACAACAUAUCACUAUAAUUAACAUUUUAUCACCUUUUUUCUAGUAUUGCCCUGUAUCUGUGAUAUGUUCGUGUAUGCUGGUCAACCACGCGUGACCACAUCAGUGCAGUCAGUGUGAGCUCUUUUGGUAGCCAUAGCUACAAUACAAACACCCAAGCUAUCUUUAAACUUUGACCCUUGUCUCUUUCUCUCCCAUUGGAUAAUUAACACUCACAUGUAUCUGCAUGCUUUCUUUGGACUGACAAGACAGGACAGAAUUAUUUAGUAUUUGAAGAAACAAGUUCAGAUCAGAGAGAAAUAGUAGAAGUUUAAUUUAAAGGUUAGUAUUAAUUUGUUAUAGAAGAUAAACUUAAAUAAUAAUAGUAAAUGCCUAAUUUUCUAUUCCUGGUAAUGAUUAAUGAAUAAUUCAACAUAUAAUAUUUAAUGAUAAAUCUGCCUUUUAAUUAUUAUGGAUUACAGGGCGUGACAUAAUGAAUGUCAGCCAUCUUUGUAUUGCUGUCAAAACUAUAUAUUUUAUGAUUUAAGUGAAGUUUCUGUUUUAGUUGUUAGCUUAUCUGAGUUAAUAAUUUAGCUACGUUUAAUCAAUUGUUUUUAUGACGAACUACACCAAAGCAUUCGUUUUGGAAUGAAUUAGUUUAAAUGUUUUAGUUCUGAAUGUAUAAUAGAUAUAUGAAAACCAUAUACUAAACAAUUGAUAUUAUGAAUUUAUUUUUAUGCAGGUUUCCCCAGUUGUUAUGGAAUAUAUCAACACAAUGCCUACGUGUAAUUCAUAUGGUAUGUUAAGCUACAGGUUAAGUCUAAUAUUUAUAUAUUUGUAAUUUUAAAUAUACUCUUGUAAUUUAUAUCCUUUCUUUCAUAAACUCAUUAAUGAUAAAGCUUUAUUACGUCAAAUAAUAAUUAUAAUUACAAUCAUUUAAAUAACCCUAUUUACUAUAAAUUAUCUCCCCUUUGCUAUAAUCAAUGAUUAUAAUUGGUGGUCACGAAAUGAUUAUUAUAUAUAUAUAUACAUGUAUGUUAACAUGAUUAAUAAUCGUGAUGACAGUAUUUAGGAUAAAGAGGAUGAUGAUUCAUAAUCAUCAGAAUGAUAAUUAAUGAUUAAUGACGGUUUUCUAUGAUUUCCAAUGUGUUUCAUUAAUAUAUGUUGUAUGUUUGUUUUACCUCGAUAGGGAUAUAUUUGUAUUGUUUUUACCAUAUUGUUAACGUUUGUGUUUUUAAUCCUUGCAGGGUGUGUCUUGUGUAUUAUGUUUACAUGAAUAAAAGAUGAUGCCCUAACCCGUA